AUGGAACAAAAUUUACAAAAGCUAAAUAGUCAUCUAGUCUUGUCACCUGAAGGUGAAGGAAAUAUAUCUGAGAUUAGCGUGGAUCUAGGGAACGAGCACCUUAAUCAAAUAAUGACAGCGGUUCUCCUUAUUAAUAGACAGCUUGAAAAUAUGGAAAGAAAAUCUAAUAGUGAGUUUAAUAAAAUUAAUAAUGGGCUAGGUACUUUGAAUAAAAAGGUUAAUACUAUGGAGAAGAAUUUAGGUGAUAUGGGAACUAAAGCAAGCUCGAUGAAAACCAAAUUCAGUGCUAUGGAGAAAAAUGUAAGUUAUAUGGGGAAUAAAGUUAACACUAUGGAGAAAACUUUAAGUGACAUGGGGGCUAACAUUGCUAGGCAACAAAAGAGUGAUUCAUCAAGGCUUGGAAAUAAACAUAAACCUUCUUGCGGUGACCUUGUUCUGUUGAUGCAUACAACGAGAUUUUUAACUCAAAAAAUAAGUUUUCUUUCGAAACUGGCCUAG